AUGCGGGAGACCAAAGUUUGUUCGUUCGCCCUUCUAAGAUUUGUGUUUUAGACCAAACCAGUUGUUUCCUAUAGUGUUUGGACGACUUUCAAAAAGGCUUUUCAACGGGAAGCAGAAUGGGUUGAGAAGGACGAAUUUCUUGACAUCAUCUAUUGGAUGCGACAGCUAUUUGGAAUACUCACGGGCAUCAUAUGGGGCUUUCUUCCUUUAAAAGGAGCCAUGGCUAUUUCUUUGUUCUUUAUCGUCAAUAUGGCUGCAGUUUAUAUCUAUGCUGCCGUGUUUCAGAGAGUAGAUGAGGAAGAAUAUGGAGGCUUCGGUGAGAUCCUCAAGGAGGGGCUUGUGACUGCCUUCGCCACCUUUAUGAUCGUUUGGAUAAUACUGUUUGAUAUUUUGCAUGGCGGCGGCAGUGUCUGAUAUGUUCUAUUUUCAGCAAAUACAUUUUUUUACUUUUGACUUGCCCUUUUUUCGACAAAAUAAUCGUGGUUCGCCCACCUCAUUUUCUCUCGUUUCGUCGCCGUAUUUUGUUUAACCUGAGUCUUCUAGUAAUUUCGAUAAAUCUUACUCGGGAUAUCUAAAGGGAUGUUUGGCAAUAGUAGUUUUGUUAUCUUCAUAUUCUUACUAAUUUCCGUUAAGGCAUAAAAAGCUGCAUGAUUCUCAAAUAAAAGAACAUUUCUACGUCCUAGUACAUAUGGGUGAGCAGUAAAGUCCAAUCACGUGUCCCCUUAAGUAAAAUCGGUUUUGGACUAUAACUGUUAGUCCUGUACAUGCUUAAAUAGGUAACGCUUGUCGGUAACAACAUGUGUCUUUUGAAACGUUAUUCACCACGGUUGCCUACGAGGAUUGUCAAGAAGACUUAAAAGAAGUAGCCUAUCUCAGCCCUAUAUCUCAGCUUCUCAUGAAAAAAUCGGUGUAAUUAUUAGUCCCUAAAACAUUAGCCAACGACUGACUGCCAAACGAAAAAUUAGAUAUUCACCGACUGUGUCCGUGGAAUGGUUGUCUGAUGGCGAAACAGUACGCUACACGCGUUCUCGUUCUGCCCAUGAGGACGAGAUUGCAACGCUCGGGUUGAUUCUCUCCUUUUGCUAGUCUGCCUCUCAAAAGGGGUCUCUUUUAGUUGAGUCGCUCACGACACCUGCAAAUAUGUUGCCGAUGGGGAUAAAAGUUGGCUAUCACGCAGCCACGUAUUUAACGCCUUGACGUUGCGGCUGACCCCCGCGCCAUGUCCUGUCUGACGUCUGUGGUGAGUCGCUGACUGCGCAGGGAUGUAAGAAUCGCAUGGUGUUUGUAGACGGCACUUCGUGGUCACCAGACUUAAGUAUCCGUCUAGCUCGAGCUCCUGUCAUAGAAUUUCGUAGAAGACUCACGCAAGGGUAUUUGUGUAAGUCGAUAGAGGUAGCGGCUCCGUUUUAGACGUUACAUUACCUUUGGUAUAGGCAGCACCCGACCUUUCUGUGGUCUCAUUUCCCGUUUCCGUACUAAUUGUAACAGUCCGCAGCAUUGCCUUUGUUAUCGGUGCAGCUUUCAUGUAAAUUGUAGUUCAGUAAUCUGCUGACAUCUUUGACAAUUGAAUAGCCCGUGUCUUUGUCAGGCUUGCUUACUAAAACUCCUCGUAGUGCAUGAAGGAUGGGCGAAAACACGGGAUAUACCAUUUGAGUGUAGAAGUUAUGCGAAAAUUCCCCUGGCGGGGCCAGUGACAGUUGCCAUUCGAUUUUUAAUGUUGUUGGUUGCAGUCGACAUAACGUGGAUCCUCAGCAUACUGAUGGAUCAUUUGCCCUCAUGUCAUCCCACUCGCCUUCAGACACUAGGGCUUACAGACUUGGAGUUAGGUAUGACUAACUGGUUUAUAACAGACUGUAAACUGGAAAGAGUAACAAGCGCUGGUCUUUAAAUAGCGUUCUGUUACCCGUCAAUCAUACUUAUUUGAGUAAUUCUUCAACAGUGCAGAGCAAGAUUCUGGCUUUAGGGGUGGUGCAGUUGGAUGUCAGUUUUAACAAAAGACUGCAGUGAACGACGAAGAAUCUUUUAUGGAAAGAACUUCGUCAAUCUUCAUAAAACUAUUGUAAUUCAGCGUACCGGCCUCCUUCAGGACGUUUUAUUAUGUUUUCGAAACCCUAAGGGGUCAUGUAGUAUGUUUUAUUUUCCCAUCCGGCUUUUCGACAAUGUUGCCGCGUUAUUUCUUGUUAGACUAGGCGAAAUUUCGGCUUUACUGCUACCGAUGAGUACAGCGAACGAGGGGACCAUUGAACUGUGGCAUAAUGUCUGAAAUAGCACUGGACUAGCAACUUUCAGAAGAAACGAGCUCAUGGAGAACUCCUUUUUUACCCUACAAGCGAUUAGCCGGAAAUCUAGAAUUAUUACAAGUCAAAUGGUUUUGGGGAAUGUUUUAAUAAUUUACAUUUCUGAUGAACCCUGUAGAUUUAUAUAAAGUAAACCAUAUACUGUCAUUUAUUGUAUAAAAACCACUGCACUGACAUAACACUCACGCCUUAGAGUCUGACUUUAAUCCACGUCAUUACCGUUGUCUUUGUUAUCAGACAGAAAACACCCCCAAGUACCGGAUUUUGACCCAUUCGGUCAUCUCCAAGACCCUUACACAAUUACGCGGGGCUCUGGAUGGCAGCAAAUGCUGGGUUACCGUAUCGGACUGCCGCAUCACCUCCUCCGCCGGUCCGUCACCCAGACCGCUGCUACUCGAAAAGUGCCCCCUCUGUCGCGGUGCCGGGAGGUGUGGCACCGUGGACUGCGCUGGGGUCCCGCUGCCCGUCGAAGGUGUUGAAAAAACUAGAGUCUGUUUUCGUCUUGGACAGGCCCCUGACCUCUUAUCUGGCAGUUUGCGUGGAAUUUUGGAGACCGCGCUGCACUGUGUUACCGUCGGAACAACAGUUCACGUGACAGCCGAGGUCACUGAGUCGCCAGGUGCCAGUCCUGUUGCGUUUACUGUGAGUUGAACAAGCAGGGUUUUCCUAAAAAUAAGUGUUUGUAUGUUUAUAAGAGCAUCGAGUCUUUCGCUAAUUCUACACACUUUUUCCCCCAAAGUUCAAUGCAAAACUUGACCGACUGCUUCUCCAGCCACUCUUCCGCCCAACACCGACGUCUGACGAGGAGACAAGCGGCGAAAAGCGUCGGGAGGAAAAGGAGGCUGUACAAAAACCGCCGCCCUCGAAGGAGGGCCCCGGACCAGAGGGAACCUGGCCAGCAGGUCUUUCGCGUCUCUGGCUAGAGCGCGUCCUUGCUCUGAAGGCUCGUGGCACCUGGCUACUUACUGGACCCCAUGGGGACGCCGCCUCAGGCGACGGUGAACCAACCCCCUCCUUUGAACCCGACCGGCUCGAUGGUGCCUUCCGUUGCUACUCCCGUGCUCUACGUUUUGUCACCCUACUUGGCACCCUCGCUCACUUGCCGACCAAGGAGGGCCCAGACGCCUCGCCGUUGAUGGAGACAGUCGUGGAGGCUCCCGGUGCUGUCCCUGAGGCUGAAUACGCUGACCUCGACAAGCCAACCCUCUGCAUUCAGCCAAUGCCAGACGCAGUCUUCCGGGUGGAUAUGAUUGUCCUUUCAAAACUACAUGUCAGGUUGGUCCUUCGACUGCGUCCCGAUCCCUCAAACUCGAGCAUUAUGUUACUCCCGAUAGCAGAACUAUUAACUAAGAGUCUGAAAAAGACAAAAGGAUGCAUUACCUCUUUUGUUCAUAGGUUACAGCUAGUAGAGGACGACAGCUCAAAAUCUGGCAUAGCACAAUUCGUCAGUGUCGAUUUGUUUUUGACUUAUUGCAUCCUGUUUUCGUCGUUAGAUAAGGCAGUGGGUUGAUCUCAGUAUGUCUGUUGCAGUUGGUCAGCGGAUGUGAAUACACGGCAUCCGAUACAUCAUUUAGACCGACCAAAUCAGACAUAGCCAUGCUUAUAACAAGUACAAACCCGUAAGAAGUAAGAAACGGCCGAAGUUUCCUUUAUCAUUGGGAAUUCGUAUAUGCUCUUCAAAUGUUUCCCUCUAUGCUUCUAAUAUAAGUUAGCCUUCCUUGGGCGUUAGAUACAAAUGCUAGAAGAAUUAAGAUACUUUGCGUCUUGGAGUGCCCCAAAAAUUCUAAAAUUUGGCGAAUAUACAGUUUUUGCCGCAUUCCGCAAGCUUUCUAACUUCUACAGAUGAGGGUUUUUUAGGUGCCUGUUCAGUGAGCAGGUCAAUUGGUCGUUGAAAAGUCCCCUCCGGAUGGUUCAAAAAUGGCUCGGCACCUGUUGAUUUUCAAAGUUAGGACCCUCCUUAGCACAUCAACCUUCAGAAUCCGCCUGAACCCGUCGGUACACUUUUUUCAAAUUGAACGCGGCCGUCUACUAUAUUAAAUUCACAACAUGCCAUCCAAGCCGAAUGUUAGGCUGGACGUGGUUCCGCCGACCAAACCUUCGUACUGCGGCACAUUCAUGAAUUCCGCCCUGGCCACCAGCAUCCGACUACCCAUUUAUUUGUUGACUUUGCCGCCACGUUCAAUUCCGUCCAUCAUGGGUCCUUGUGGCGAAUAGUCAAACUUUUUGGUAUGAUCAGGAUCCGCUAUCGUUUCACCAUUACUUGAGUCCUAACCCACAACAAUCCCUCACGGCCGUUCAGCACUCAGUCUGACACAAAGGCAAGGUUGCAUUCCACUGCCCACUUUUUAAAGUUAUGCCCUUGACUGGAUCCUUGUAAGGGUUGUUUGAGGUUUUAACGUCGUCGAAUCCCCAUCGGAACGCCGGCCGACUGACCUCGGCUAAACCGACGAUAUCGUCUUACCGGCAUCUACUUAUGAUAAACUAAAGACCAUAGCCUUGCAGGCGAAGUGUGUUCUCAAACCAAUAAGUUUUUUGUCGGCCCUGGGAAGGUCGGUGUUUUUUGACUUCAGUUCUGACCAGAGGAGGGCCUUCCUUGGGGUUAAUGCCUGUCAACCUGAAGAAGCGGACACUUUCACACAUGACAUGGUACCGACAAAGACAAGAGGGACCGGAAUGGCCAUUUCUGGCUUAUUAGCCGUCAUCAGCCAGUCAUACCCGACCCCGAAGUGUGGAACACCCGAGGCUCGAACUCGCGACCUGUUAGAAGUCCACGCCUCUAACCACCGGGCCACGAGUCUGUUGCUCUGUCGGUUUCGGUCGGGAAUAUACAAUGGAUCACUUGAGAUUCGAACCCGAGAUCUUUGAUCAUAGAGUUGGACACUCUACCAUUGAGCCACAGGUCCGCUGUCCUGUCGACUGUGAUCGGGAAUAUCAGUCAUCACAGAUGGGUGCUCACCAAUCAAGUUACGGAACGGGCUUCUUCCGUUGCGCCUUGGAGCGACUACUAGUCGCUGUGCGACUGCCUGCGAGGGUUCUAGUAUGAGCUCCAAGGCAGAACGGUACAAGCACGUUCCGUAACCUGAUCGGUGAGUGCCCAUCUGUCUUGACCUUCAAAUAUCUGCAGGCGAAGUUACCGCCAAAUAAACAGUCCGUCAACGCUGCUUGUAGGGUUUCCUAAAAUCUUUGAAAAUGUAUGUGGCUAAUCGUCACCGGUACUCCACGUGUACCGGUCAUCUGGCUUACCAGUCUCUCUGUACGAUUGUAAAUGAUGGGCUGGACUCGUUUAUAACGAGCGAGAAGGGAAGAUAUUUGAUUACUGCCGUCUAAGGAUUAUCCAUCGAAAAAAGUUAGUCGACUUCAUCUCCAAUUAAGCAGUCCGUACUCAUAGCUGUAACCACAGUCCGUCACGCAUGAGGUUAGUGUUUAGUUUAGUUUUAGUCCGACGCCGCUGCCCUCUUAAAUGAUGCGAAAAGGAGGUUAACUCAGCCUUAUUCAACGAGGUCCGUCAAGACUUGGGGGUUCGUAAUGAGCCUUUGGUAUUCACUGUCGGAGUAGAGAGUAGGCCGAACUCCCCAGAUCUGAGACUGUAGACCGUUGCGAGUGGAAGUAUGCAACCCACGAUCUCAUCAUGGCCAUUUAGAUCGGGCAUGUACGUAGCCGCGCCAAAUGAGUGAAUAUACCGAAGAAUGGAGUUGAUCCCGUUAUUUCAAUCCAGAGUGGACACUUUAUCAACGUGUAGGCCUGAAUUGUUUUCUGUAUCGCUCAAAAAAAUUUGUCGCGGCAGUAAAGCGUCUGCCUUUGUGGUACUUUUGUCCAGAUGUGUGGGGGGUUGUUUCUGUGGUUUUUAGCAGCGCAUAUACCGCUAAGGCCAACCUUGUAUUCAAAUAAAACCACACUACUAACCCAUAUUAUCGCCCCUUCUGCCACUCUGUACACACUUUCCCCACCCUUUCUAGCCUCCUCUCAAACAUGGCUCUUUGUCAGCUGAAAGCUGGCUCGAACGCGUUUGCGGUGAAACAGUGCACUGCAGCACUCGACUUGGUGCCGUCCGAUGAGCAGCUUCUGGGCGAAAAGGAGGGUGAUCAGACUGACGGUAUAACCAUCCGUGACGUUGAGAAAGUACUCUUCCGACGGGGCUCAGCCUAUGCUGCCUCCGACCUCCUAGACGAGGCUCACGACGAUCUGACUCGCCUGCUCAAAAUGAACCCAGCUAAUCAGCCAGCCAAGCGUCUGCUAGAGGAUGUACAGCGUCGACUAGCCUCUGUGCAUAAUCUGAUGGCAGAGCGUCUCCGUCGUGCGCUUUGA